GUAUAGAAUUGUGUUACAGCACGGUCCGAGUUGAGAGCCGAACCAAAUAAACAUGGCGGACUCCUCGCGCACUGUAGAGUGUGAAAUAUUUACUGGUAAAGAAAUGGACACUCAAAUGGAAGAACGUGUGAAUAAUGAGAAUGGUGGUGAAUGUGACAAGGAAGAAGACGUGACUAACACUCAAACAGAGGACCCUUUCAAAAAACCUGCUCUCUUUGCGGCGCCUUCGCUCGUGAGUAAACGAGGUCUUGUCGCGAGCAGAGCAGCAAAAAAGCCCACACAUGAAGAAAAUGGCGACAAAGAACAACUACAACCAUCUACUUCUGAUAGUAGUGAGGCAUAUUCAGAUGAGCAAACCACCCCUUCCACGUCGGAUAAUGACAACACAACGUCACGGAAAGGUGCAGCGAGCGAAAAAGACAAGACUAGUGAUGGUGUAGCCGCAAAGACCAAACUGCAAGACGUCCAACCCCCACCAAGAUUUCCUGUCAAAGGAACACCUAUUGGCAAAUUAAAACCCCACCCUCCUGUUCCAUACGCCGAACCUCCUUGGGCAGGAGUGGCAGAUGUCCCAUAUUCCCUAGAAAUCCUCAAGAAUGGCACUAUAGUUGAUACGGUCCCACUCACCCAGCAGAGUUAUUUUGUGGUCGGACGUUUACCUGUGUGUGACGUAACCCUGGAACACCCCUCAAUCUCCAGGUAUCACGCUGUCAUUCAGUACCGUGGGCUGGCAGGAGAGGAGGAGGCAGUUGGAGAGGCGAGAGGGUUCUAUGUCCAUGACCUGGGCAGCACACAUGGUACCUUCGUCAACAAGAACAAGAUACCACCGAAUACCUACAUCAGAGUGCGGGUUGGGCACGUACUCAAAUUCGGGGGAAGCACUAGACUUUUCAUCAUGCAGGGUCCAGAGUUUGACGAAGAGGCGGAGUCAGACCUGACUGUCACAGAGCUGCGGGAGCGAGCCAGGAAGCAGCGGGAGGACCUGGAGAGGAGGAUGAUGGGAGAAGGCUCAGAUGAGGAGGAAAAGGAAGAGGGGAAAGAAAGCAGUGGCAUCAAGGGAAUGAGUUUAAACAAUGAUUCGGGCUGUUCCUGGGGAAUAGCUGAUGAGGCGGCCCCUGAAGAGGAUGAGAACGAGGAGAACCCCUUUUCCACAGAGUUCCAGGAGGACCAAGAGGCUGCUUACCUGAAGGACCCUAAGAAAGCACUGCAGGGCUUCUUUGACAGAGAAGGGGAAGAGCUCGAGUUUGAGUAUGAAGACAAAAGCCACGGUACCUGGCUCUGCAGAGUAAAGCUCCCAGUGGAUGACGCUUCGGGGAAGCAGCUGGUCGCUGAGGUGACCCACACAGGGAAGAAGAAAGAUGCGGCCAUCCAGUCUUCCCUGGAGGCGUGUCGCAUCCUGGAGGCCCGGGGCCUGCUCAGGCAGGAGGCAGUUUCCCGCAAGCGCAAGAAGAAGAACUGGGAGGACGAGGAUUUCUAUGACAGUGACGAUGAUAACUUUCUGGACCGCACCGGUGCUGUGGAGAAGAAGAGACAGGAGCGCAUGAAGAGGGCGGGAAAGAUUCAGGAGCGCCCGGACACUUACGAGUCACUGGUGGCCAAACUGUUGGUGGUUGAGAAGGGGCUGGCAGAGACUGAGAAGAAGCUCAGUGCUACAGGGAGAGACGGCUCUCACUCGUCCUCCGAGGACCCCCUGGAUGCCUUCAUGGUCGCCGUGCGCAGCGAGGCGGCGCUGGACGGAGUGGAGCGCCGUAAGCUGCACGUGCACGCCGCCGACCUGCGCAAGGAGGCCCAGAGACUGCGUCGGCUGGUGGAGCUCACGCGGCCAGCCCAGAUGCCUUCACUGCAGACGGGGAGUGGGUCUUCCGAUGCAGACAAGCCUAAGAAGCGGUCCCUACCGCUGUUUGGUGCCAUGAAGGGAGGCGCCAAGUUCAAACUGAAGACUGGGACCAUAGGGAAGUUGCCCCCAAAGCGAGCCAACCUGCCCGCAGAACUCUUCAACAUGAAAGGAGAGGAAGAGGAGGAAGAAGAGGAGGAGGAUGACAACAACAAAGGGAGUGAAGACUUGACUGAGGCUGACAUCCAGGCUGAGGAACCCCAACAGUCCAAUGAAAUCACUGAUUCCACAGAGGGCUGCAGUACAGGAUGCCAGAGGCAGGACCCACCUCUGUCCCAACCCCCCAGAGGGAAAAAGCUGUCCCAGAGAAGUAUAGAUGUAGAGGAGCCUGAGAAAACCAUGGAAGAUGCGCCUCUCGGCCGUUUAAAGCCCUUACCAGACCCUAAAGAAGGGGGCAAGGAGGUGGCAGCUGCCAAGCCCAGUCCUAAGAUGUUCUUGAAAAAAAGAACCACCGGCCCCAACAGACCUCCAGCCGCCCAAUCAGGACAGUACCCUGAGGAUGACCCAGACUAUUGUGUCUGGGUGCCCCCCACAGGUCAGUCUGGGGAUGGCCGCACCCACCUCAAUGAAAAGUAUGGCUACUGAACACAAGGCUCAAACCUUUGACCCUUUUUUUUCUCGACUCCACCCACCUGCAGACUUAGCAGCAACACACACACAGGCCUCCAUCCCCUCAGUAUCUAUUUGUGUUCUAUGACAUUCCUGAGUAAGGGAUAUUGCAUACAACAUACACUACCGUUCAGCCUAUGUAGAUUUUCCAUAAAAAGUCAGCUGUUUCCAGCUACAUUUACAUUUAAGUCAUUUAGCAGACGUUCUUAUCCAGAGCGACUUACAAAUUGGUGCAUUCACCUUAUAAUAUCCAGUGGAACAACCACUUUACAAUAGUGGUUGUUACAAUAGUCAUUUACAACAUUAACAAUGUCUACACUGUAUUUCUGAUCAAUUUUGAUGUCAUUUUAAUGGACAGAAAAUGUGCUUUUCUUUCAAAAACAAGGACAUUAAGUGACCCUAAACUUUUGAAUGGUAGUGUACCCUUUACCACAUUUGAAUUCACUUCUGGGAAAAUGGCAACAAUGUGGAGGCUGGCACUGGGAAAGCGUACAGUGUUGCCCUCUUUGUGAAAAUGACUAAAUUUGAUGGUUGCUAGCAGGUUUGUAGUUGUCUCAUGUUAACCAUUGCCUUCUUUCUCCAAGAUGACUAUGUCAUUGAAACAACUUGGUGAAUGUUUUGCAUUACAUAUCCUCGAACAGUGUGAAAAAGGACCAGUCCCAUUACAGUUUAGAUAUCAGUCCUCACAUACUGGUUAGUAGGCUAGCCAGCAGAUCCAAACCACUUGCUUUUACAGCUGCACUAGGGUCGGAAAGCAUUCCUGUGUGUAUUAAGACACCGCUGAGCCGGUGCAAGAUAUGGCUCGGAAAAUGAACCUCAAUCCAGGGAUGAGAAAUGUUGGGAUAAUGGAACAAUUCGGAGUAUAAUGCAUUUUCACAUCCCUGGAUUGAGGUUUGUUUUCCGAGGCAUAUCUUGAACAAGCUCAGCUGUGUUAAUAAAAACAGAAAUUAUGCCCGACCCUAGUGUAGCUGUAAGGAAGCAUCUACUGGCUAGUUACCUUAGUAGGCCUGCCUGAAAGCACUUGACUCACCCCCUUGUAUGUAAUAGAGAGAGGCUGCACUUAAACCGAGUCCAAUUUGAAUUGGCCCUAUCCUAUGUCAGAUGGGUGUACAGCAUAUAGUGAAGGAUUUAGUGUUAGUGUCCACAUUCACUCAUCCGAGGUCGGCUUUGUUACUUUGGCUGCUCUCUCGCAGCUAAGCCCACCUGACGUCCGAACAGUAUGGGUUCGCUGCUGGGUUUCACUGUCAAUUGCUGGCAUAACCCUCUUUCAAAGGAGAGUGAGUGUGGCGGAGAGUGAGGGAGCGCAUUUAAGCAGCUUGCAGACCAUCUGGACACGUGUGUGGCAUUACUGGAUAAAACGCAAGCUGAUAAUGAGUCAAGUCAAAGUAGUGUGUGUGUGUCCUCCCUCUCCAAAGUGUCUUUUUAACCAGAUCUUCAUUACUAGUGACUCAGCGUUUAGGAGGCUGGUGUGUGUGUGAAGUAGGGUUUCAUUUGUGUUUAUGGCUACCUAGAGCAGGAUUACACUGCCUCAGAAAUUCCACACGGCAUUUAUUCUUGUGUUCAUUUUCUCCCUCCACCUCACUACUAUUGUAUCUUAUUCCUUCCAGCUGAGACUCUUAAACAUGGAAGGUUAAAAGUAAUACCCUUCCAGAAGUUGUGUAUUUUGUUACUUUUUAUUUGUACAAUAAAGUUGUCCACACGGUACUUAGCCCA